CCUCGUCUCAUUGGCGGUUUGUCUUUCGUGGGAGGAUCUUGCAAGGAACGCCUCCUCGGUAGUGUGGGAAGUCGCGUACUUGGUCUAUGUUCGUAGAUCAAGCAGACUAGAUGUCACGUUCGUCUGUAGGUAAAUAUACGAUCUGUACGGCGACUGUCGGCGUCAUACGGUGACGUUGGUUUGCAGUCGGUCGCCGUUCUGGCAACGAUGCUCGUACCGCCGGACAUGAUGGCUGCACAGUCGAAACUCCUUUAUCAAUUGAACAAAUUUUACGGCGAAAGAGUACAAGUGAGAAAGGCAACCAUUGCCAAAACGGUGAGAGAAGUUUGUAAAGUGGUUCAAGAUGUAUUGAAAGAGGUGGAAAUUCAGGAGCCUAGGUUUAUUUCUUCGUUGAGCGAGUGCAAUAGUCAUUACGAAGGGUUAGAAGUAAUAUCUCCCACAGAAUUCGAAGUGGUUCUCUAUUUGAACCAAAUGGGUGUGUUCAGUUUCGUGGACGACGGUUCUCUACCGGGCUGCGCCGUGUUGAAGCUAAGUGACGGUCGCAAGCGUUCCAUGUCCCUCUGGGUGGAGUUCAUUACCGCCUCGGGUUACUUAUCGGCCCGAAAGAUUCGAUCCAGAUUCCAGACUUUGGUGGCUCAGGCCUGUGACAAGUGUAGUUAUCGAGACACGGUGAAAAUGGUAGCCGACACCACAGAAGUUAAACUCAGAAUCAGAGAACGGUACGUAGUUCAGAUAACUCCAGCCUUUCGGUGCACGGGCCUGUGGCCUCGGUCUGCGGCUCAUUGGCCUAUCCCUCAUAUUCCUUGGCCUAAUCCCAACUUGGUUGCGGAAGUAAAAGCGGAGGGUUUUGACCUUCUGUCUAAGGAAUGCGUAACUUUACAGGGAAAACAAUCGUCUAUGGAAGGAGACGCCUGGGUGCUUAGUUUUACCGAAGCCGAAAAUCGACUCCUUCAAGGUGGCUGCCGACAAAAAUGUCUAAGUAUUUUAAAGACUCUGAAAGACAGGCAUCUAGAUUUGCCUGGAAAUCCAGUAACUAGCUAUCAUUUGAAGACUCUUCUCUUAUACGAAUGCGAGAAGCAUCCCCGAGAAUUAGAAUGGGACGAGACUUGCCUGGGGGACCGUCUAAACGGUAUUCUUUUGCAGCUGAUUUCUUGUCUUCAAUGUAGAAGGUGUCCUCACUAUUUCCUACCUCAACUCGACCUUUUUAAAGGAAAAUCUGCGAGUUCUUUAGAGAAUGCGGCUAAACAAUCUUGGAGACUAACGAGGGAACUUUUAACAAACGGAAGGUCUCUCGAAAAACUAUAAAUUAAUAUACUGUUACAUUCCUGAUUUUUCGUCGUCAUUGUCAAGUGCCAGUGAAUGUUUCUACAUAAAUGACAAUCUUAAAGUAUCUCUAGGCUUUAGACUGUGACUAGACCGGAUUUCCUCUAGGUAUGGCUUUAUAGAUUAGUUCCCUAACAAUCUUAAAUUUUCGGUCAUCCUAGUAAAAACAUUUCAAUAUCAGAAAGUGGUUGUGCCGAAUCUGUAGCCAGACUCUACAGCCAGUUAGAAUAUCUUCCCUUUCGACAACAAAGAACGACCGAAAAUUCUUUAUUGACUAUUGUCUUCGAUCUUUCUGCAAAAGGUAAAUAUUGUAAGGAUGGUAAUCAUUUUUGACUAUUUCUCUCCAAUAUUAGGUACUUUAUCUUUGACAUUACAUGAUCUGUAGAAUGAUGAUGGUGAAGCUGUUGUACAGAUUUUGUACAGUAGAUAUGUAAUUUGUGAAAACUUGUACAUAAUACAGUUCAUAUUCAAAAAAAGCAUCUGUCUGUCUGUCUGUCUUAUUCAAAAAUUAUAGCGUAAUAAUAAAUUUUUUGAAUAUGUUUCCGUUUAAAAUAAUUCUACCGUUCAUUAGAUAAACUGUUGGCGACCAAACGUAGUUUUACAUAUAAGAGAAAUAAGAGAACG